AUGAGCGAGGGCGCGCGGAACACGCGGCAGUUCCUCGGCGCGUCGAGCAGCGGCGCGGGCGGGAGCGGGAGUAGCAGCGCCAGCUACCGGAGCGGCGGCAUUGGUGCGGCGGCGCGGACCAACGACGUGAACACGGGGAUCCUGGACGAGAACGUCCUGGCGCUGGUGUUCCGGUCCCUCGACUUCGACCCCAAGGUGCUGUGCACCGUCUGCUGCGUCAGCAGGCGGCUGCGCGCCGUCGCGGAGCGCGUGCUGUGGCGGGAGCUCUGCAUCUCCCGUGCGCCGCGGAUGGUGGCCUCGCUCACGGCCACGGGCGCAGGCGCAGGAGGCGCGCCCCCGGCCCCGGGGCGCGUCCUGGGCGGGUGGCCCGCGCUGGCGAAGCUGCUCCUCUUCUGCUGCGGUGCGGCGGCGACGGCCGUGCGGGGCCACUUCACGGGCGUGUCCCGCUUCUCCAAGACGUCCGGGCGGAGCUUCCUGUCGCGGCGGUGCCGGGGCGACCUGCUCUACGUGUCGGACCCCUGCGAGCACGCCGUGCCGGGAGCCGACGACGACGUGGGCGCGUACCGCGGCGUGUUCCGCGGGUUUAUGCGCUCCCGGACGCGCGCGUGCCUGGUGGGGCGGCAGGCUCCGCUGGAGACGCGCGUGCGCUGCCCCUACUGCGGCGCGCGCGUCUGGAGCAUGGUAGCGGCCGGCAUGGCGCCGCGCAGCGCGUGCCGCAGGCUGGGAGCCUACGACGGCCGCCUCGAGUAUUACGUCUGCGUCAGCGGACACCUCCAUGGCAAUUGCUGGCUCGCGCGCCUCACCUCCAGCGACGGCGAUCACGACGGCGACUCCGAGGAUGACGACGACGACGCGUCCACGGAAGGCGGCAGCGACGGCGGACCCGUCGCGCCAUAA